ACUUGACAAGCAUCCUCCAAACAGAAAAGGGCGAGGGUUUGUCGGAGAAGCUUGUCAUCUUCACUGAAUCCCUGGUGAAAACUGAAGCCGUGCGGUGUUUUUCAAGCAGACGAUACUUUAUGUCAUCAUGAACAAUUCCACAUCAGAAGGCAAAACAUCUGGAAUUAACCUGGAAGUAAGUGUCACCGUGCAAGUUGUUUUGACUCUGCUAGCGGCGGUCAUCGCAACAUUUGACCUGGUUGGCAACGUCAUCGUCAUUUAUGUGACCUGCUCAAGAACGCCCAUGCGUACAACAACAGAUCUGCUGAUUGCCAAUCUGGCAGCCGCUGACCUCAUGAUGAUACCCGUCAUCGUCUACUUAGUGAAAUUUUUUUAUUACCAGUUUGACUGGUUCGGCGGUGUAAUGGGACAGGUUACGUGUCGGUUAGCGAUCUCUCUCCAGGCUUUAUCGGUUGUGAGCUCCGUUUACAGUAUACUGGCUAUUAGUGUAGACCGCUGUUGUGCUAUAUUCUUUCCUUUAAAAAAGGUCUUCAAUAAAACAUGUAUUAAAAGGUUAAUUCUGGUCAUCUGGGCAAUCGCCGUGGCAUUUGCUAUUCCGCAAUUUAUGAUUGCAACAGUCAAAACCAAGGGGAAAAAGCACAGAUGCUAUCCUAGUUGGAAAAACAGUGGAAUGUCUGCGAGCCAUUAUACUCUUGUAUUUGUGGCAUUUAGUUAUAUAGUGCCCUUAGCAACCAUAGCAACUCUAUACCUCGUCACCACCGCGAGGCUCUGGAAGAGUGCAGCCCCAGGCCACCACUCGGAGUUAGCAAUUAAAAGAAUCAGAGCCACGCGCCGCAAACCCACUAAGAUGUUGAUUGGCAUAGUCACUGUGUUUGCACUUUGUUGGUUUCCUUUACAAGCAGCGGAGGUAUUAAAACGAUUUGCCUAUGAGGUUUACUGGAGCCAUAUUCCCUUUGAAGUAAACGUUGUCUUGCCGUGGUUUGGGAUCGCGAACAGCGCAAUAAACCCGUUCAUUUAUCCUCUGUUCUGCGAGAAAUAUUGCUAUGAAUUCAGGAGAAUCCUUUGCUUUUAUUCUUUAAGGAGAGGCAAAAAUCGCGCAAAAUCUGGCCUGACGGUGAUGACUGGGCUGCCAAAAUUUAAUGGCGACACCUGUAAGCCUGAUGCAAUCAUUGCUAAAUAUAAAAAAAACGGCUGUUCUCCUAGAAACAUUAGAACUACUUACAUAACUUCGAUUUAAAUUCAAGUGACAAUAUAGUAAAAACCUACGAAUGCCCUGAUCUGGAGACAUAUGGUCUUGGUGAAGAUGCACCAUUAGAAAACUUUCCCCUCUUUUUGUUCGUUUUUAUUCUUUUUCAUAUUUACAAUUGCCUUGUGUUUUUUGCUGUUAUUCCUUUUUUUUUUCUUAAGUCACUUGCGCCAGUGUUACUUUACUUUCCGAUACUUGUACCAAAUGUAGCCAGCU